GUCGGAAUAUAAUUUAAGACGAGAAAAAAAAAAAAAAAAAAAAUUAGGCAUAAACUAUCAGAACAUAAAAAUGUACGUUUUAUAUUAUUUAAAAUUAACGUAACUUGCACUGCUUCUCAACAACUUGUUUUAAUGCAAACUAUAACACUGGCUAAAUGUAAAACUAUUUCAAAUUCUUGUCCCAAAAAAAAAAAAAAAAAAUGAAUAGGCAUAAAAUAUCAAAAUAAUGUGUUUAUAAAUGUAAGUUUUCUAUUAUUUAAAAUUAAUAUAAUUUGCGCUGUUUCUCAACAGCUUGUUUUAUUGCAAACCACCGGCUAAAUGUAAAACUGUUUAUCCAUUUCAAAUUCUUGUCCCAAUACGCUUAUUUUUAAUAAUCUACAGAUGUGUGGUCGUGUAGCGCCUCCAGCGGCCGCCUCGCGCGCCGACGACAGGUUUGACGUAGGGCGUGAUUGCGCUCGCGCUCCCCCUCCCCCUCGGCUCCGUCUAUCUGGAAAAAGAAAAAAAAAAACUUUUUGUAUCGAAGGAAUCAACAGCCGCCAUCUUGUCUCGGCUCGGAAUCAGGAUUUCGAUACAGCACUAUUUUUUAUUUUUGGACGCGAAGCAUCCAAAUCGAGGUUUGACGACACCGUUCAGCGGAAAAUGACACCUUUAUAUCGCCGCGAAGGAAUUUUUGGCGAAAAAUCCUGGAUUUAAUCGGCGUUCGUCGGCCACAAAACCCUCGUAUAUCUGGUUUCCCCUUCAGAGCGGCGCUUGCGUCCGUGUUUCGCUCCGAGCGGUUACUGUUUACCGGACGCUUUUGGAGGACAGACAGCGCAGUGGGGACUGUUUUGCAAAAAUACCGCAUUUUUAUGCAACCGUGCAUUUUUACACGGAGCCAGACGGUUUUUGCACGGAAAAAAAUUGACGUCAGAAAAUGGAUCGCGUGCUGUUGCAACAUUAACGACGCUCGCGCGCGAGGACUCCUGUGGAUAUUUUAUUUGGGAUUUAACGUUGAAAUCGCGGAAAGGAGGCGUUUUCUCUCGGUAAUAUAACGAUGAUAAUGUGGGUGUUGGGUGUUGGAUUAUCAUGGGGUGAAUGGUGGUGGCGACGCGGGGCGCUGUUGCUGCUUUUUUGAGAAAAUCCUCCGCCGAGCCGCUCCACACACUCCCCACGUCUUUCAAAAGUAAGGUAACAUCUGUUUUUCGGACGAAAGGAUCCUUCGCUUUGAUUUUUUCCCCCACAACAUUCGGCCAGAAGCUCAUUUUGAUCGCAAUGGCUGAAAAUGUGCUGGAAGGUGGCCCUCCAAGCGCGAAGCGAGCGAAGCUGACAGCACCUGCUCCAGACGCUCCAGAGUUGGGUUCACUUUCCUGGGAUGACCUGGAGAACGAUCUUCCAGAUGAGCUGAUACCUAACGGAGACCUGGGGCUGAUGUCCAUGUCCUCUAAUGGCGGGGCUACAGGUACAGGCGGUCACGGCCCCAUGGUCCCCGAUGCUGCUGCCAAGCACAAGCAGCUCUCCGAGCUCCUGCGGCCGGGAAGCAGCGCUGGGAUGAACUCGGCCAGUCCGCAACCCGGCGGCAUCGGAUCUCAGCUGAGUGGGCUUGGAAAGAGUCCCCUGGGCCAGGGCUCCCCUUCCCACCCCUCCCAAACACAGAAACCAGGCGGCACUCCUGGGACGCAGGGCAAUAACGCCGGCUCAGCUGGCAUGGGACUCGGCACCGGAUUUAACCAGGCCAUGCUGAACAGCGGCAUGAUGGGACAGAACACGGCUGGACAGCCGGGUCAGGUGAUCAAUGGGACUCUCGGCUCUGUAGGCCGCGGUCGAGGAGCGCCGGGGAUGCAGUACCAGGGUGCCGGCAUGCAGGUGGCAUCUUCUGUAGGGGCGGGUGGAGCAGCGGGGGCGGCGGCACAGGGAGGAGCGGGGAGUGUCCUGGCAGAGACACUCACACAGGGGGCGCAGCAGAUGGGCAUCAACACCCAGCAAGCUGGCAAUAUCAACAAGAUGGGCAUGGCAGGUGGCAACAGUCCGUUCGGUCAGUACCAGAGUGGAGGGCAACAAAUGGGCACGACUGGCGUGAACUCUCAGAAUAAAGGCACCCUCCCCAACAGCCUGCCCCAGUUUCCAACUGACCUGAAGGGGGCGACGGUCACCAGUGUGCCGAACAUGCCCCAGCAACAGCAGCAAGUGUCGGUGGGGAUGGUAGCAGGUCAGGGCGUGUCGGCGGGCCCCACGGCCGACCCGGAGAAGCGCAAGCUGAUCCAGCAGCAGCUGGUCCUGCUGCUCCAUGCACACAAGUGCCAGCGGCGCGAGCAGGCCAACGGAGAGGUGCGGGCCUGUGCACUGCCCCACUGCAGGACCAUGAAGAACGUCCUCAACCACAUGACCCACUGCCAGGCCGGCAAAUCCUGCCAAGUGGCUCACUGUGCUUCAUCAAGGCAGAUCAUCUCGCACUGGAAGAACUGCACGAGGCACGACUGUCCCGUCUGCCUCCCGCUGAAGAACGCCAGUGACAAACGCAACCAGCAACCAAUGCUGAGUCCCCCCAACUCUGGUCUGCAGACCUCUAUAGGGACGGUCGGCACGGGACAGCAGACGGCACCCGCUCUGCCCAGCUCCACGCCCAUCGACCCCAGCUCCAUGCAGCGUGCGUACGCUGCCCUCGGCCUCCCCUACAGCAACCAGACCCCCACAAAGGCCCAGUCCCCCGCACAGACGCAGGGCCCCGGGCAGCCGACUGCGCAGACGCCGCAGACCCAGCACCAGCAGCAAAUGAGACCCAUCAACGCGCUCGGUGGUGGUCAGAUGAAUCCAAUUGGCGUAACGACAUCAGACCAGGCUAAGCUGCUCUCAGAUGGCACCAUGCCGUCAACACUUAACCCAAACAAUCAGCUAAUGCCGGAUGGCCCUACGUUAGGCAGCAUGGGUAACCUGCCCACAGCAGCCCCUCUGUCAGCCACCGGUGUGAGGAAAGCCUGGCACGAGCACGUCACUCAGGACCUCCGCAACCACCUUGUGCACAAACUAUCUGCUACGCUGCUGCUGCUGUGGCAGAGCAAGUACCGAGACUUGCCACUGCCAGUACAUCCACAACAUGCUGCUGUGAGCAUGGUGCAGGCCAUCUUCCCUACGCCAGACCCCGCCGCCCUGAAGGACCGUCGCAUGGAGAACCUGGUGGCGUAUGCACGAAAAGUGGAAGGGGAUAUGUACGAGUCGGCCAAUAGUAGGGACGAAUACUAUCACUUUCUGGCAGAGAAGAUCUAUAAGAUCCAGAAAGAGCUGGAGGAGAAGAGAAGGUCCCGAUUACAGAAGCAGAUUAUUAACCAGACGCCCAUGACUGCAGCGGGACAACAGCCACCGGCCCUAAACCAGCCUAAUGUCAUGGGACCUCGGCCGCAGAAUGGACCCGUGCCUAUGCCCAAUGUGCCAAAUCAGAUCAUCAAUCGCAUGCAGGUGUCUCAAGGGUUGAAUCCAUUCGGCGCCAUGCCCAAUGUCCCGAUGUCUCAGGCUCCCAUGGCGACACGUGCCGCCUCUCCGAUAAACCAUCAACAGAUCAACAUGAACCAAGUCCCAACGAUGAAUAUGUCUCCCACACGAAUGCCCCCCACGCAAAGCAUUCUGGGAGCUCACGGUGGGAACAUGGUGGCGCAGACGGCUAACCAGACGCAGUUCAUGGCUCAACCGCAGUUCCCUGCCAACACCAAUGCCAUGAACGUCAACAUGGGCCAGCCCAACACGCAGGCGGCCAUUUCGCAGCAGCAGCAGAACGCUAAUCUAUCCCUGAAUGCACUUGGCCCCUUGGGCCCCCAGCUAGGCUGUCCCGCGCCCCCUCAGGCUCCACUCCGCGCCACACCGCCCCCCAACGCCACCACCAGCACCACUAACCUGCCAGCAGCACUGCAGCCCAGUCAGGCCUCCACACCCACCCCCGCCCCUGCUCAGGGCACCCCGCCUCACAUGCAGUCCCAGACGGAGCUGCCCCUCUCUGCCCAGCAGCAUCCCGGAACACCGAGCGGUGAAAACCGUGUGCCCACCCCAGCAUCAGCAGCCAGCGCUGAGCUGCACUCCCAGCAUGCCGUGCCUGACGUACCACCCAGUGACACUAAAACAGAAGAGCAAGAAUAUGACAUAUGCAUCAAAACGGAGCCCAAGAUGGAGACGGAGGACGACACAGGCUCCCUGUUGGUCAAAAAGGAGGAGCAGGAGGGAUUGGAGGCUAAGCAGGAGCCAAUGGAGACCGAGGACAAGAAGACAGACUUGAAGACGGAGACCAAAGAGGAAGAUGAAAGCCGGACGAACGGCACAACAUCCUCUUCACCGCCCCAGUCUCGCAGGAAAAUCUUCAAGCCAGAAGAGUUGCGGCAGGCGUUGAUGCCCACUCUGGAGUCUCUGUACAGACAGGAUCCGGAGUCUCUACCCUUCCGGCAGCCUGUGGACCCCAUACUUCUUGGCAUCCCUGACUACUUCGAUAUCGUGAAGAACCCUAUAGACCUGUCCACUAUCAAGCGCAAGCUGGACACGGGUCAGUAUCAGGAGCCGUGGCAGUACGUAGAUGACGUGUGGCUGAUGUUCAACAACGCGUGGUUGUACAACAGGAAGACGUCACGCGUGUACAAGUACUGCUCCAAACUGGCCGAGGUGUUCGAGCAGGAGAUCGACCCCGUCAUGCAGGGCCUCGGUUACUGCUGCGGGAGGAAGUACGAGUUUUCUCCUCAGACGCUGUGCUGUUACGGCAAGCAACUGUGUACAAUACCCCGAGACGGCACUUAUUACAGUUAUCAGAACAGGUAUCAUUUCUGCGAAAAGUGCUUCAAUGAGAUUCAGGGAGACAGUGUGACACUAGGAGACGAUCCAGCUCAGCCCCAGACCAUGAUCUCUAAAGACCAGUUUGAAAGGAAGAAGAAUGACACGUUAGAUCCUGAGCCGUUUGUUGAAUGUAAAGACUGUGGGCGGAAGAUGCAUCAGAUCUGUGUCCUGCAUUAUGAGGUUAUCUGGCCUUCUGGUUUCAUCUGCGAUAACUGUUUGAAAAAGAGUGGGAAGACGAGGAAAGACAACAAGUUUUCGGCAAAAAGGUUGCAGGCGACGCGGCUAGGCACGUAUAUAGAGGAUCGGGUGAACAAGUACUUGAAGAGACAGAACCAUCCGGAAGCUGGAGAGGUUUUUGUGCGAGUUGUAGCCAGUUCAGACAAAAUGGUGGAGGUCAAACCUGGCAUGAAGGCCAGGUUUGUAGACACAGGAGAGAUGCCUGAGAGCUUCCCCUACAGAACCAAAGCACUUUUCGCCUUUGAGGAGAUUGACGGAGUGGACAUGUGUUUCUUCGGCAUGCACGUGCAAGAGUACGGCUCUGAAUGCACUUUCCCUAACACCAGACGGGUAUACAUAUCGUACCUCGAUAGUAUUCACUUCUUCAGACCUCGCAUGCUGAGAACAGCAGUCUAUCAUGAAAUCCUCAUCGGCUAUUUGGAAUACGUCAAGAAGCUUGGAUAUGUUACGGCACACAUCUGGGCAUGUCCACCUAGUGAAGGUGAUGACUAUAUCUUCCACUGUCACCCUGCCGACCAGAAAAUCCCAAAACCCAAGCGCCUGCAGGAGUGGUACCGCAAAAUGCUGGACAAGGCCUUUGCUGAGCGGAUACUGCAUGACUACAAGGACAUCUUUAAGCAAGCAACUGAGGACCGUUUGACGAGUGCAAACGAGCUUCCAUAUUUCGAGGGUGAUUUUUGGCCCAAUGUGUUGGAGGAGAGCAUCAAGGAGUUGGAACAGGAGGAAGAGGAGAGGAAAAAAGAAGAAAACACGGCAGCUUGUGAAACUCCAGAGGGCACACCAGGGGACAGUAAGAAUGCAAAGAAGAAGAACAACAAGAAAACAAAUAAGAAUAAAAGCAGCGUGAGCCGAGCUAAUAAAAAGAAACCUGGGAUGCCGAAUGUAGCCAAUGAUCUUUCUCAGAAACUCUACGCAACAAUGGAGAAACACAAAGAGGUGUUUUUUGUAAUCCAUCUGCACUCUGGGCCCAUUGUCAACUCAUUACUACCCAUUGUUGACUCCGAUCCCAUGUUGACCUGCGACCUGAUGGAUGGCAGGGACGCCUUCUUGACGUUAGCACGGGAUAAGCACUGGGAGUUCAGCUCUUUGCGGCGCUGCAAAUGGAGCACCAUGUGCAUGCUGGUGGAAUUACACAACCAGGGCCAAGAUCGCUUUGUCUACACCUGCAACGAAUGUAAACACCAUGUCGAGACACGUUGGCACUGUACUGUCUGCGAGGACUUUGACUUGUGCAUUAGUUGCUACAACACUAAGGGCCACGAGCACCAGAUGGUUAAGUGGGGUCUGGGUCUGGACGAUGACAACAAUCAAAGCGGUGAGGCCUCCAAGAGUCCUCAGGAGAGUCGGCGUCUAAGCAUCCAGCGUUGCAUCCAGUCUCUGGUGCAUGCCUGCCAGUGCCGCAAUGCCAACUGCUCCCUGCCGUCUUGCCAGAAGAUGAAGCGUGUGGUGCAGCACACCAAGGGCUGCAAACGCAAGACAAAUGGUGGCUGUCCAGUGUGCAAGCAGCUCAUUGCGCUCUGCUGCUAUCAUGCCAAGCACUGUCAGGAGAACAAGUGCCCCGUGCCCUUCUGCCUCAACAUUAAGCACAAACUGCGUCAGCAGCAGCUGCAGCACAGGCUCCAGCAGGCGCAGAUGAUGCGCAGACGCAUGGCUACUAUGCAGGGCCGAGCCAUGCCUCAGAGUCUACCCUCGCCGCCUGCAUCAACAGCCCCCAGCACGCCCACCUCGCAUCAGCAACCCAACACCCCUCAAACGCCGCAACCACUAUCCAACCAGCCAACGACUCCCAAUGCGGGCGUCAUGUCCCCAGCUUAUCCCAAUGCUCCCCGCAACGGACAACCCCCUCCUCAAGCUUCACAAGGCAAACCAGGCCCACAGGCUUCCCCGCUACACCAGCAGCAGUCUCCGCUCCCACAACCUCCCCAGCAGCAGCAGCAGCCACCGGCGCAACAGCCUCCGCAGCAACAGCCUCCGCCUAUGGCAGUCAAAAUGGCACGGCACAUAGAGAUGGUCGCGCAGGCUCAGCACCAACAGAACUAUCGCAUGACCAUGAAUGGCCUUCCUAUGAACCACCAGCAGCCACGCAUGCCAGGCUCGAUGCAGCCACCCAUGCAGCAUGUUGGGCCACGCGGGCAACAGGUCAUGCCGCAAAUCCCGCAAGGACAGUGGACUGCAGGCCCUCAGCCAGGCAUGCAAGCGGCUCAGCAGCAGGUUGCUCCGCCACAGACCACACCGCAGACCAUGCCUAUGCAGAGGCCCACGAUGCCCCAGCAAGCUGCACAGCCACGCAUGAUGGUGCCCACGCAGGGCCCACGACCGCAAGCACCCCAGAGACCCGGAGCCAUCGCCCCCAAUGCCUUGCAAGACCUGCUACUCACCCUCAAGUCACCCAGCUCGCCCCAACAACAGCAGCAGGUGUUGAACAUCCUCAAAUCGAACCCGCAGCUCAUGGCCGCCUUCAUCAAACAGAGGACCGCCAAGUACCACGCCAACCAGCCGCAGCAGCAACAAGCGCAACAGGGCAUGCAUACAGCGCAAACCAUGGCAGCAAUGCAGGCGGUGCCGCGACCCGGCAUGGCACCGCAGCAGCAAACGCAGCAGUCCGCUCCACAGGGCAUGGCGGCUCUUGGAGCGCAGGGGCAGCUCAUGAACCCUGCGCAUGCCAACAACCCGCAGCUGCAGGAGUUGUACCGCCGUCAGCUUUUGCGGCAGCAGCAGCAGGGAGUGAUGCCGCAGGUACAUGGCCAGUUCCCACAGGCGCAAGGGACUGCUACCAACUACACGCAACUCCGGAUGCAGCAACAGCAACAGUUGGCCAUGCAGGCAACAGGCGGACCCAUGGGACAGCUGCCCCCUAUGGCCCAGAUGGGGCAAGCUGGGAUGGGAAUGGACGGCACAUCCAAUCUCCUGCACCAACGCAUGCUCCAGCAGCAGCAGCAGCAGGUCGUCCUCAAGUCUCCAAUGGGUUCGCCGGCGCAACAGAGUCCCAUGAGCCCACAAACUCACCUGCUUUCCGGCCAGCCGCAAGGCGCGCACCUUCCCGGCCAAACCAUGGCUAAUGCACUCAGUAAUCAGGUGUGCUCGCCGGCCCCCGUACAGUCGCCCAGACCUCCGUCGCGGCAACCUCCUCCACAUUCCAGUCCUUCCCCGCAGGUUCAGCCGCAGCCUUCGCCACAGCACACAGGAUCACCACACCCUGGUCUGACGACGCCCAUGCCUGGCUCCGUGGAGCAGGCGCACCUGGGCACACCCGAGCAGAGUGCCAUGCUCCCGCAACUUAAUACGCCCAACCGCCAAGGGCUGCCCAGUGACUUAGGCAUGGUGGGAGACACAACAGGAGACACGCUGGAGAAAUUUGUGGAGGGAUUGUAGCGUUUACUGGGAGACUCCACCCACCACAGUCUCCCCGUUCCUCUUUUUUGUGGCUCCGUUGGUUUUUCUCUAAUAUUCUCGAAUUUUUUUGUACUGACAUGUAAAAAGUUUGAAGAAAUGUAUGGGUGAAAAAAAGAAAUUUAUGUCCACAAGGAAUAGGGAAUGUUGAUGUUUCCUUAAAACAAAAGACUGAUUGCUUCCUUUUAAGAGGGAUUUGAAAAUUGUUGUUUAAAAGAAAUAUAAAUCACAAAGAAUAUAUUUUUUGUUCAGUUUAGACCUUUGUGUGGUCAAUGUUUUGUUUUAAAAAAAAAAAAUUGCUUUCGGGGGAGGGCGGUCUGGUUUCAUGCCUUUUUUUUUUUUUAAAGAAAAUUACGAAACUUCAUUAUAUUAUUCAUACCUUUUUGUUUUAUACCUUAUCUAACUUUGCAGCAUUUUUGUGUUGGAAGACUGUAAAAUAAUUUGUCUGGGAUUUGUGGUCAGGGUUUCUCUGCUCUGUCAUCCUUCCUAGCGAUUGUACUCUAGUGUUGUACCAUUUUUUCAGACAUGCAUUCGGAGGCAUUUCCUCCUUUCCUCAUUGUGAAGUUUGUAUGAGGAGAACUAUUUGUUUGUAUUAAUAGGAACUGUGCAUACGCAUGUAUGCAGACACACACACACACAGACAGACACACAUAUGCAUCACUCAGACAAUACAGCACCAACCCCAAGAGAACAUGUACACUUUUACAACAUCUCACUGGUCUGGAUCCAGAGGUUCUGUCUUGCAGAUGUAGAAUAUUGUUGCUUUUUGUCCUAAUUUUGUCAUACAGAUAUAUAAAUAUAAAGAGAGCUAGAGAGAAAGAGGGAGAGAGGGGGCCCCUAAGCUGAGCGGGAGGGAAUGGGUGAUCACUGGUUGACUGCUUGUUGGAAACACAGAAUGGAUUCUGCUAUUGACCCUCAUUCCUCUCAAACAAACUUGAACAGGGGCUCUACUUUUUCCCUUUAUGUAAAUCAUGCAAGUUAAGCAAAGUACUAUAAAUAUAAGGAAGAGAGAAUGGAAUCACUGUAUAAACUGGUUGAAAAAAAACUUAUUUCUUACUUAUAUACCAUGUUGUUAAAUAAACUGUGUGCAACAGA